GCGCGGAGGUGCCUAUCCGUUCUCCGACCUGACGGGCACCAGCAGCUCGGUCAGGCUGGAAACUCCCCGCGAGGAUCACAGCCCGGCCCCAGGGAGCCCGCGCACGGAGCUGGGGCUGCAGUGGCCCAGGCCCACCCCCGCUUCCCGGCCCGGCGGCUCCACUGGGUCACCAGGGAACUACACUUCCCAGCAGCACUUACGCGUAGUCGUCUUACUGCGGCCACUUCCGACCCCGUGGAACUACAUCUCCCAGGAGGCCUCACGCGCCAUUCUCCCUUGGCUUCUGGGUGGUUCCUCCACGUGGGGACUACAGCCCCCAGCAGGCACCGCGGCCUCCCGCAGCUCACUGCCGAGGUCGACUCCUGCUCCUGCACUUCCGGCGCUAGGCCCGGAAGUGUGGUUGCAUCCCGUUCUUUCCGCUUUAUCGAGCGGGAGCAGCAGGCCUGCAAGGGGGAAGCGAUGGCAGAGGAAACUGGGGAUGAGAAAAAACAGGUGGCCAAAUUUGAGCUGGAGCGGGAGACAGAGCUCCGCUUCGAGGUGGAGGCCUCCCAGACUGUCCAGCUAGAGUUGCUGACGGGCAUGGCAGAGAUCUUUGGCACGGAGCUGACUCGGAACAAGAAGUUCACCUUUGACGCUGGCGCCAAGGUGGCAGUGUUCACCUGGCAUGGUUGUACGGUGCAGCUGAGCGGCCGUACGGAAGUGGCUUACAUCUCUAAGGACACCCCGAUGCUGCUGUACCUCAACACCCACACGGCCCUGGAACAGAUGCGCCGGCAGGCAGAGCGUGAGGAUGAGCGGGGGCCCCGGGUCAUGGUAGUGGGCCCUACGGAUGUGGGCAAGUCAACUGUGUGCCGGCUACUGCUGAACUACGCUGUGCGGCUGGGACGCCGACCCACUUUCGUGGAGCUGGAUGUGGGCCAAGGCUCGGUCUCUAUUCCUGGCACCAUGGGCGCACUGUACAUUGAGCGGCCUGCAGAUGUGGAGGAGGGCUUCUCCCUUCAGGCCCCCCUGGUCUAUCAUUUUGGAUCCACCACGCCUGGCACCAACAUCAAACUGUAUAACAAGAUCACAUCUCGUCUGGCUGAUGUCUUUAACCAGCGCUGCGAGGUCAACCGCCGGGCUUCAGUCAGUGGCUGCAUCAUCAACACGUGUGGCUGGGUGAAGGGCUCUGGGUACCAGGCACUGGUACAUGCGGCCUCUGCCUUUGAGGUGGAUGUGGUGGUAGUGCUGGACCAGGAGCGUCUCUACAAUGAACUGAAGAGGGACCUUCCUCACUUUGUGCGCACAGUGCUUCUUCCCAAGUCAGGUGGUGUGGUGGAACGCUCCAAGGACUUCCGGCGGGAAUGCCGGGAUGACCGUAUCCGGGAGUACUUCUAUGGCUUCCGGGGCUGCUUCUAUCCUCAUGCCUUUGAUGUCAAGUUCUCUGAUGUCAAGAUAUACAAGGUGGGUGCACCCACCAUCCCUGACUCGUGCCUGCCCCUCGGCAUGUCACAGGAGGACAAUCAGCUCAAGCUGGUGCCAGUGACUCCGGGCCGUGAUAUGGUACACCAUCUACUGAGUGUGAGCACAGCUGAUAGCCCCGAUGAAAACAUCUCUGAGACUAGUGUGGCUGGCUUCAUUGUGGUCACUGGUGUGGACUUGGAGCGCCAGGUCUUCACAGUUCUCUCACCAGCACCACGCCCCCUGCCCAAAAACUUCCUGCUCAUUAUGGACAUCCGCUUCAUGGACCUCAAAUAGGGGCUGCACUGGUGGAGAAAAGUAAACUUCCCCAGUUUGUCUCCUUCAUGGUAUAAUGACUAAGGACUAGAAGGGGAGGAGGAGAUACAGUCUUUUAUGCAAGCUAAAUCAGACUGAACCAGGAUGGGAAAAGUGAGAUGCUGCCGUCCAGAUUGAACUAUUGGGAGAAACCAGAGAAGGUGGGAUGAGAAGGUUCAGGGAAUGAUUCAUAGGUAGAUGUGGUUUGGAAAAGGUAUGGUUCAAUGCAAUUGUAAAUAAGGUCACUGGUUGUUUACAUCCUUCCCUAAGUAUCCUCCCUUUCCUAAAAUCUCAGGCCUCUUGCACCUUUUAUACAGCACCAGGUUGUUUAAUGACCUGUAGGAGAGGACCUGCAUUGUCUUUUAUAUUUUUUUGUAAUUUUAAUAAAUGUUCUGGUCUUUUGUUGUUUGAUAA